AAGCAUCAAUUCACUUUGUUUAUCAGAGGUUAUUACCAAAACCUUUAUUGGGGUCAACGAUGGUGGAGAAGUCCUUUGGCUCAAAAGCUCUAUUUUUUCUCGUCUUUCCAGCAAUUGUUUUUUUAUGGCAGUUCGAAAGAAAAUAUUCUGCACCAAGAGUUACGUUUAUGCCCCCAAAGCAUGCUAUAAUUCCCCAAACGAAGAACUCCAUCAAAACAGAACCGUGGUUAAUUGUUUUCUGGACGACUAUUUUCGGACGUCAGCCGCACAUUGAGCAUAGGUGGAAUGAAGGUGACUGCCCUGUGGCUUGUCAGGUCACGUCUAACCGUUCGCGAGCCAGAGAGGCACACGGGUUCGUGGUUCAUGCUAGGGAUUCAAACAUGAUACCUCCGAAUGAAUCUGUACCAUGGAUCCUUUACACACAAGAAAACCCGGUGUACACUCCUGUGAUGAAAAACGCCAAGUUUAUGUCCAGAUUUAACUUAUUAAUGAGUUACCGCUUAGACUACGAUUUCCCCGUCCCAGUCGUUCCCAUGCCUAAAUUAACACCACCACUCCCAUUUAAGGAAAAAACGAAAUUGAUUAUGGCAGCAUUUUCAAAUUGUGAGGCUGUGCGGACGGAAUACAUGAGACAAUUGAUGAAGUUUGUGCAGGUCGAUUCUUAUGGAGCCUGUCUAAGGAACAAAAAUGAUCUUGUGGGCCGAUAUGGAUCUAAGAAAGGAAAAAACUUCAAAGAAUUGAAGAGUGAUUUAGCCAGACAAUACAAAUUUUUACUGGUAUUUUUUAACCAGGACUGUGACUAUUUUGUCGAUGAUCAAUUAAGCCAUGCUCUGAAUGCAGGCUCGGUUCCCGUGGUAAUGAGUACAGAUAAACUAGACGAGUUCCUGCCCGGCAAUCUUGGACAAUCCGUCAUUAAAGUCCGUGACUUCAAGACUCCAAAAGACCUUUCAGCUUAUCUUAAGAAACUUAGCACGAAUGAGAAAGAGUAUAACAAGUACUUGACGUGGAAGUCGAAAGGAAUAGGAAAUUUCACUGGGACCGCCAUUGGAAACCAUUGGAAACCAAAGUAUCCUAUUUAUUGACAGAUCUGUGUGGCGCUUUCAGAAGGACGAAUACACAAGAAAGGACUGGAGCCAAUACCGUGUAAAGCGAGAAGUUACAAAGAUUGGGGCAUAACAAAGGGGGCCUGAUUUUCCUUCUUGGUCAUCAUUAGGACUAGAAAAAUAUUCGAUAUUGUUUAAGAAAAAUCUAUUUACAUCGUUAAGUAGUUUUGUUAAAAAGCAUACGAAGCGGAACUAGUUUCCCCCUGUUUGAAAUUUCUACCUUUGAAGCCAUGUUUCCAAAUUUUUGACGUUUUUACGAACCAAGUAUACUCGGAUUCAGACGAGGUAUGAAUUGCGUCAACUGACUUUCCUUAGGGACCUUUAAGCAGUCAGGACUGCAACGCUAAGGUAGGCGUCGAUUAAAAAAUGAAUUUCUAUUUUCAGUUAGAAUUUUGAAAAUGGCUGCAUGUGUUUAUCGUCUCUUUCGGCGUCACACUUCACUUUCAGAAUAACGCAUAUAAGCACCUUUGAGUUGCAAAUGGAAACUAAAAUGAUUUGCCGUCGCGGUUUCCAUUUGCAGACGACGCAAAUUUUGGUGAUUUGACGUUGUUACUUUGCAGAGUACGGCUAAGAAAUGUUCAAAGUUCUAAAACGCAUGUGCUGGCUAUUCCACCCAUUACAUCUUUUUGUUUCACCGCGUCCUCUUUACCGUCGCCGUCAUGGUUUGCUUCAGGUCCCUAAUUUUCAGUGACAGCUGUCACAUUAAACACAUGCUGUUUGCUGUCGUUAUUAAAAGUAUGUUUUCUUUCCGCC